ACAUACGUUAUUGAUCGCAUGUAUUCAUUAGAAAUCGUAGCUUUGGCUUCCAUUAUGGAGAGGCUAGUUGUCACUCGAUGUAACGCUUUGACGACAAUUCUACUUUAACAGCAACAUUUUUGAAUGUAUACUUUCCGGAAUAUGUAAUUGAACAAUGCACGUGAAGAAUGCAACACGGACAGCGCAUCGUUUUAGCUGUUUAUUUAUGCUUGCAAAUCUCAAUUCCGAUAUGCGAAGCCGGAGGGAGUAACGAAAUUGAAUCGGAUUCUGUGCAUUUCUGUUCGUUUUUCAACAACCGAGCGCCUUCACCACAACCAGGGCUCCGCAACUGUACGUGGUUCGCGAAGAACAGCUGCUGCAAACAGGAAGAGAUUGAGGCCACGUUCGGUACAGUGAAGCCACUGCCAGGUAGCUCACCCGAGUGUCAGAGAUACACUAACUAUUUGAUGUGUUACAUAUGCGCUCCCUUUCAAAACCGCUUCUAUGGUCAGGAGCGACUGACAGUGUGCGAGGAGUUCUGUAACGCCUGGUACUCCGCUUGCUCGUCCGCAAUUCUCAAAGGGUCUGUGAUAGGCACAUUGUACACCAACGGUCGCGAAUUCUGUGAGAAGCGGAACUUCCAGUGCGAGCCCAUGGAGAGCCAAAGCUGCUUCACCUUCGAUUUUGCUUUGGACCGGACAUCCGGCGCGCCGUCACUGCCUGCCCUCAGUCAAACGCUCCCUACAGCAGCCGCGGUGACAUUACUGUUCCUGAUUGCACUUUAGUAACGAAGUUCAUGACGUGUCUAUACAUUAUUCGUUGAACAAUAAGGCCUAUGCGGACGUGCGUGUUUUGCAUUUUUUACGUACUUACAGUAUACGGUCUUCUAAAAAGAAUCUUGUAUUCAAUAUCAACACCAAUAUUAAAACUAGUACUAACCUUUAUGGAUUUACAUAUUAAAGUACCGUUGAAAGUAUACACUAGUUUCCGUACUAUAUGCGCUUUGAAUCGACAGAAGUGUAAUUAACUAAAUAUACUGAUAUGUUCCCUUAAACUCAUGCAAAUCUUCCACGAACAAUACCAAAUGCAAAUUUGAGAAACAAUGUCAAUGCGUACAUUUUAUGCUUAUAACGUUUACGAGAGCCAGGCAGGUCAAGAUGUCGAGCUAUACGAUUAUUUCAAGACAUAUUUAUGUUUUACUAAGUACAAAUAAAGCAAGGAUUUUUAAA